AUGGCUAAAGUCAUAGUGGCUUCCUUAAGAAAGUUGAAGGGUAUUGUCCCUGCUGACCCUAAAGAACUGUAUGAGCUUGAUUUACAGGAGUACACUAAGAAAGGGAAAUACCGGAUCGAUUCUACACCGAGCCUAAGGUUACUCAACAAAGCAUGUGUAAAAACUGAUUCUACUAGUCCUUGGAUGCUAUGUCCAGUGACUCAAGUUGAGGAAACAAAACAAAUGCUGAGAAUGAUCCCAAUUUUAAUAGCCACCUUCAUUCCAAGCACAAUGAUUGCACAAAUAAAUACCCUUUUUGUCAAACAAGGCACUACACUUAACAGACAUGUAGUUGGUAAAUUCAAUAUUCCCCCAGCAAGUUUAGCAGGAUUUGUUACAUUAUCCAUGCUGAUAUCGGUCGUGCUAUAUGACCAGUUCUUCGUAAAAAUAAUCCGAAAAUGGACGAAAAACCCGAGGGGCAUCACCCUUUUGCAAAGAAUGGGAAUUGUAGCCGAGAUUGAGUUUUUCCACGAUCAAGCACCCGAAAGCAUGAAGAGUCUUGGGACAUCUUACUCGAUGAUAAGUCUUGGAGCAGGGAAUUUUAUAAGCAACUUUCUUCUUUCAACAGUGUCGCGUGUCACAAAAGAGAAUGGACAUCACGGAUGGAUUCAGAACAACCUUAACGCGUCUCACUUUGAUUAUUACUACGCAUUCUUCGCCAUCUUGAAUUGUUUGAACUUCAUUUUCUUUUUGGUUAUGAUCAAGUUUUAUGUAUACAAGGCACAAGUCUCUGAUUCAAUGAGAGUGAGUGCUAGGGGAAGAAUUGGUAGCAUCGAAGCAUAA